GUGAUAUUUACGGGAGGCGAGCAUGAAUUUAAAUAAUGUUCCUUCUAAAUCGGAGGUGAUGGGAUGGAAUCCCCAAACUCUAGCUGACUACAUGAAGAGGCUUAACUUACCAGGCUGUGACAAAGUGGUGAUGAAGGGAAGCAUAAGUGGAGCACAGUUCAUACAUAUGACUGAGUGUGACCUCCAAGCGUUCCCCAGCAUUUACAUUCCAAUAAUCACUAAGAUCCACAGUGAAGUCAGUAAGCGAGAGCAGAGGAGGUUUUUCGGUAAUAAGUACGCAAACAGAGCAGUAUUUGCACAGAGGGAAGAGAACUGGGACUCAGAUGAGUCUGACAACGACAGCGAUAAUGUCUAUGAGGGUCCGGAUGAAGAGGGAGGGGAAGACAACUACAUCUGUGCUCUGACUGAGCCACCGACAGCUGAGGAACAAGACAGUGACGAGUCGUCCGAAAGUGACUUUGAGCUGCCUUCCUCUCCGCACACAUCAAAGCCACCUCUACACCCGAGACCGGCAACACCUCGGAAAUGUCAGUCCAGAGCAGCUGGCCAACCCAGUCCACAUAUCGACAGGAGCAGCAAGCCUGGGCAGUCCAGCCUGCUGCUGAAAGACCUUCCAAAAUCAAAGGGCAGCGCUGUCAAGGCUCCUGGCUCAUCCAGCAGCAAGUACCGUCCACCGAAGGCCCCUAAGCCAACAGAUGUUUUCAUCAAAGCGACUAAACUCACUCCGGCUCCUCCAGUGCCAACACAACGUACUAUAAUUAGCCAUUCAAAACCAGGACCAAGAGAGAACGAGUUAGUUUGUUUAGUCCUUACUAUGAGUGUUUUAUUAUGGUGCAUCCAGGAUUUGGAUCCCAGCUGGUAUGGAGGAAAGGUGACCAGACGUCAAGCUGAAGCUAUUCUCAGGGAAGUGAACAAGGACGGGACAUUUGUGGUGAGAGACAGCUCGAAAGGCUCUGCUGAGCAUCCCUACACCCUGAUGUUGCUAAAAGAUGACAAAGUUUACAACAUUAAGAUCCGUUACCAAGGCAACGCCUACUCCCUUGGCACUGGCCUCAAGAACUCCAAGAUUUUCCCUGGGGUGACGGAGAUGAUUACCCAUCACACACUCAACCCGCUGCUGCUCAUUGAUGCCACAGACCCGAGCUCUGAAGCGAACAACCAAAGCUGUCUGCUGUACCCUGCAGGACUCUGACCAGAACCAACACCAAGCUUAAU